AUGGACUCCGAGGAAGAGUACAUGUCUCCCAUGUCUAGUGGGGACGAGAUCAUGCCUGAUGACAGCGGAGAUGAAGUCUCUGGCGCUGAAGAUUUUGACGAGGAUGACUUCGACGAGCCCGAUCCCGAUUUCGGCCUCUCGGCGAAAGACAUGGAUAAGAAGAAGGUCGCCGCCCACACGGUAUCCUUCAAAGUCUACGAGCCCUCCGACAUCCGGCGCCAGCAGGAGGAAAUGAUGAGUGACGUGAACAUGAUCCUUGACAUGAGCAAGGAAGAUGCCGCCAUAUUGUUGCGUCACUUCCGAUGGAACAAGGAGCGGUUGUUGGAAGACUACAUGGACCACCCGGAGAAGGUGCUCGAAGCCGCCGGGCUGAGCAGCAACUCUGCCUCGCAGCCAAAGUUACAGGCAGUCCCCGGGUUUGUCUGCGACAUCUGCUGCGAGGAUGAGGAGGGCCUCCAAACCUUUGCCAUGAAGUGCGGCCACCGCUACUGCGUCGACUGCUACCGACACUACCUCACACAGAAGAUCCAGGACGAAGGGGAGUCUGCUAGAAUCCAGUGCCCUUCCGAUGGAUGUGGUCGGAUUCUGGAUGCACGAUCCCUGGACUUGCUCGUUACGCCCGAGCUGACUGAUCGUUACCACGAACUGCUCAACCGCACGUACGUGGAGGACAAGGACACCUUCAAGUGGUGCCCAGCUCCGGACUGUCCCAACGCCAUUGAAUGCGGCGUCAAGAAGAAGGACUUGGAUAGGAUCGUCCCCACCGUCGAGUGCCUCUGUGGCUACAGGUUCUGCUUUGGGUGCCCGAAUCCCGACCAUCAACCAGCGCCCUGCGAUUUGGUGAAGCGAUGGCUUAAGAAGUGUGCCGACGACUCAGAGACGGCCAACUGGAUCUCGGCUCAUACAAAGGAGUGCCCCAAGUGCAGCUCGACGAUCGAGAAGAACGGUGGAUGCAACCACAUGACGUGCCGCAAGUGCAAGUAUGAGUUCUGUUGGAUGUGCAUGGGCCUCUGGUCCGAGCACGGCACGAGCUGGUACAACUGCAACCGGUACGAGGAGAAGAGCGGAGCCGAAGCCAGAGAUGCGCAAACCAAGUCUCGCACGUCUCUGGAGCGCUACUUGCAUUACUACAACCGAUAUGCGAACCAUGAGCAGUCCGCGAAGCUCGACAAGGACAUUGCACAGAAGACGGAGAAGAAGAUGGUGCAGCUUCAGACCACGUCAGGCAUGUCUUGGAUCGAAGUGCAGUAUCUUAACUCGGCCUCUCAGGCGCUCCAGACCUGCCGGCAGACUCUCAAGUGGACCUACGCUUUCGCCUUCUACCUGGCCAAGAACAACCUGACGUCGAUUUUCGAGGACAACCAGAAAGAUCUGGAGAUGGCCGUCGAGAAUCUGUCUGAGAUGUUCGAAAAGCCCAUUCAGGAGCUGGCCGACCCCAAGCUCAAGGUUGAUAUCAUGGAUAAGACGUCUUAUUGUAACAAAAGACGCGUCAUCUUGCUCGAGGACACUGCCGAGAAUCUUGCAAAGGGUAAGACAGCAACUCGCCCCUUUUUAGUUUACGAUUUUCCACUGACCAAAACCUAUAGGCAAAUGGACGUUUAA